UCUACUCAAGGGAUUUAGAGGAUGUGCUUUCCUUACCAUCGUUGAACUCAUUGGAUGCGUUAACUGUAAUUCUUCGAUCGAAGCUUGUUCGACAUGGGGGGCGAAUUCCGAACUGAUAGUGACCAAGAUGUAGGAGCCACGUCGGAGAGGAACACUAUGCCAGACAAGCAUGAGGGCGCAACCCCCAAUCUCCCGAAGUUGAAACAUAGUGACUACACAGUCGGCUGGGUCACUGCUGUCCAGCCUGAGUAUAUCGCUGCGCGAGCAUUUCUUGACGAACAACACGCACCACCGGACUUUUAAUUCGUCAAUGACGGCAAUACCUAUACGCUUGGUAGAAUCGGAAAACACAGUGCCGUCAUAGCUAGAUUGCCCAUACGGCAUAUCCUCUGCAUCGCGCCUUGCAACCAACAUGUUGCGUAGCUUUUCUAAUAUCAGACUUGGUCUGAUGGUUGGUAUAGGCGGUGGUGUACCAAGUGAUGAGCGUCACGAUGGCAUUCGGUUGUGUAAUUUCGUGGUCAGCGCUCCUGGGAAUAGUAUAGGUAGUGUUUUU